GGUUACUUCUGUUAUGGACGAAACCUUUCUCGUAUUCCUAAGAUGCCUCCGUCCAAGAAAGUGCAACAAGGAGAUACUCCUAAACCAUUUCUGUUUCGUCGCCUCGGUCACGCAUACGAGGUGUAUCCAUUAGUUCUCCUAGCGAUAAGCCUGAUAACAGGCAUGGCACUGACGGGCUAUUACAGCUGCACAAAAAUUGAAGUCCAGUUCGAUAGAACUCGAGGUCGUCUACCCCCAUGGGACUGGGAACGUGCCAGAGACAACUACUGGUUGCAAGGCACUGUUUUCUUUGACCUAGACAAUCGACUUCGCACACGUUGCCUUCUGAUGGAGAAAAUCCAGGACGAGAUGCUCGUUGCAGCAAAGAAGAGAGGAACGCGUUGA